AUGGUUGUGAAGAGUGAAGGAAAAUGGGCAAGCGAAAGAAAAAAUAGGAGCUGUGUGAAGAACCAAGCAAGCAAGCGCAGCGAGACGGAGGGUGGAGGUGGAGGUGGAGGUCGGCAUCGUGAGGGAGAGGAGAAGGGAAGAAUUAUUAAUAUUCGUCUUGCGCCGGAGCCAUUGAAUUCGCCGGGCCCUGUCUGGACGGUCGAGCGAGCGAGCACCGCUUGCUGCUUGCCCUGCACCUGCUUGCAGGAGGAAGAGCGACAGGGACCGGGACCCAGGACCAGAUGGGGACCACAGGCUGCACAGGGCUCUCUUCGCCAGUGGGCCGUGGCCCAAAUCAGCACGAACUCCGCACAAGUCGUGCAGGGCAAUAAUACUGUCCUGGAAUGGAAGUGGUCCCGCAACCCAUCCCAGCCUGCUGGAAAUGUGCCUAAGCCGCUUGGACGCCCGGAGAAAGCAGAGAACGCAGCUUCACCGUAUCACAGUGCGCCAACUCGAACAACACCAAGCUCGAUCGAGCCACGACCACCACCCCGUCGCCCCCCACCAGCUCGGUUCUGGGUCCAUCAUCCCAGGAAAAUUCCAGUGCCAUGCCCCCGGCUGAGUGACAACGGCACAGGUGAAGACGGCUCCGGGAGUGGCCUCGACCAGAGGGGAAAGCAAAGUGAGGGGGAGGCCGUAGCAGUGAGUACGACGGUACGACCAGGCACUGCUGAAUUGAAAAGCCAUGCUCUGGCCAUGAUGAUACUUUCUUUCUUUGCGUCUUACUGCUAUGCCACCGCGAACAUUAUUGCGCUUGCUCUGGGUCCAUCGCAUCGCACGCCAGCCUCAUCGAACCUCCGCUGCGACGGAAUGUGCGCUGGUCACGGCGGAACAUGCACAACACCUUACAACUGA